UUACUUCGGCAGCCGCCCUCCAGACCUAUCAGUCCCGAGCAACUUGCGGCGGAAGUUAAGAAUAUAUAUAGCGGGCUUAUCAUGGUGGAGACCAAGUGCAUCCACGUCGUCCGAGCCCAGGCCCAUGAGUGGGAGACUGCUGGAGGCCGGGAUCCGCCGGAGUUAGAGGAUGACCACUGGCAGGCCCUGAUUGCGCUGCAUAGGACCCUCCUUCAUGAGCACCACGAUUUUUUUUUGGCUUCUCAACAUCCUUCUGCGAGUCCUGCUUUGCGUCGUUUGGCCGCCAAGUACUCCAUGCCGGCCAGAAUGUGGAAACAUGGGAUCCAUUCCUUCCUGGAGUUGCUUCGCUACCGGCUUCCGGAUUCUUUAGAGUAUAUGUUAGCCUUCAUUUAUCUUGCUUACCAGAUAAUGGCGCUGCUUUAUGAGACGGUCCCCUCGUUCAAGGAAACCUGGAUCGAAUGUUUGGGAGACUUGGCUCGUUAUCGGAUGGCAGUGGAAGAUGAAGACCUUCGGGACCGAGAGAUCUGGGCUGCAGUCGCUCGAGGUUGGUAUACCAUGGCGAAUAAUUUAAUCCCGAAUGUAGGCCGCCUGUAUCACCACCUGGCGAUACUU